CAUUUUUGGUACUGGAAUUGUUGUUGUUUUUUUGCAUUUUAAUAAAAGGAUUUUGUUCGCUCUAUAUUCCAAAAUUAAUAAUGAACAUUUAAAAAACAUGGUACGAAAAUUCUGUAAUAAAACAUUAUUAUGCAUUGGAUUUAUUUCAUUGAUUCAUGCAGCAUUUUCGGCGGCACAACAUCGCUCAUAUCUUCGCAUAACGGAACAGGAUUCAAGGGCACUUCCAUUAGAUAUAAUAAUUCAAACAUUGGUUAGUUUGGUAGUGAUAAUUUAUAAUAUUUUGCAAAUAGUUGGGGAUUUUAAGGAAAUUCGGGCUGCUGUAGAUCUUCAACAGAAAUCUUGGGAAACAUUAUCAAAUAUUCCAUCAUUUUACAUGUUUUGUCAUCGAGGAAAAGCACUGGCACAAGACUAUAUACCGCCAAGUGUAAAAAAAUCAGAAUUAAGUUCGCUUUAUUAAGUUCUAUAAUGUAUGUCGAUGAAUUUUGUUAUUAAUAUACCUUAUACAUACAUACAUUACAUAUAUUUUGUGAAUAUAUGCAAUUGAUGGAAUUUAUUUAUUUUCAGUAUGAAUAAAAUGUAAAAUUCUAAUAAAUUUUAAAACGAAUGUAAAA